GGGUUUACAACAAGGACGGACAUCUACUACGCUACGAGUCGGCUUCGUGUGAAUCAUGUCAUCAUCAUCGGAUCCCAAAACGGAGAAUGCAACCGACUCCAAGCCUCUAAUGAACGAACCUCCGUCAGAGAAACUCGGAGACUCGUCCCCGGAGCUCGGAGAUUCGAACUCUUCGGAGAAACUUGGAGAUUCAUCAACCGUUUGGAAAGAUCCGGUAGAAUCUUCCAGAUCGCCAAACGAGGAAGAGAAAGGAGAGUGCUCGUUUUGCGUGUACAUGAAAGACGGCGGUUGCAGAGAAUCAUUCACGGCGUGGGAGGUUUGCAUGGAGGAGUCUGAGAAGUACAAGAAGGAAGAUAUCGUCACCAAGUGUAUGGAAGUCAACGAUAAGUUGUUUGAAUGUAUGUAUGCUCACUUCGAUUAUUACAAGCGGAUUUUUCCCGAGAUGAACAAAGAAGAAGAGAUCUCCCAAGAGGAAUUGGCUGCGAGGAAGCAAGCUCAGGGUUGAGUGAAACGAUAGGUAAAAGUUUUUAAUGGUCUUUUUUU